CAGUUAACGAGCAGAAACUCAAACAAUAGGUAAAACUGAAAAUAUAACGUUUUAUUUCCUUUGAUUAAUUCGUCAUCAAUUAGUGAAUAUGAAGAUCUAUAUGCUGUUUGCAAUAAUAUUUGUUCUCUGUUUAUUUGAGAUAGAAGAAAUAUGUGGUAAAAAAGAAGGAGGUUAUCCAAGAUAUUUCAGUUUUGGAUACAAAUGUCAGAGAUGGGGAGUGAACGAAUACUGCCAGGAUGUUUGCAAACUUCAUAAAGGAGGCUAUGGAUAUUGUUAUGGAGGAGAAUGCUAUUGCGAAGGUUUAACUGAUGAAACUAAAUACUUUUGGGAUGUUUAUAGAAAAUAUUGUAAAAAUUCUCUCGUUAAUUAAUAUUCGUGUUUCCUGUAAUUGGUGGAAGAAUUAUUAUUUUGAAUGUAAAGGAGAAAUAUUCAAUGAAAUUAGUAAAUAUUAAUAAAUAAUAAUAUUAGUACAAUUCAUGUGUGGAGAUUAAAGCUUUCAGGUUGAUAUACAAAUA